UUUCCUUUAAAUUGCUGUUCUUCCUCCGCUCUCAUCAUUCAAAUCUUGUUCAUCCACAUCUGUUCUGCUUCUGCAAUCCUGUUGAUCGCGGAAGUAGAACCACCACCCCCUUUCACCACCAAAUUCUGCUCCGAUUUCCAAACAUAAAACGGAAAUGGAGCAGCUCUCCACGGCGGCGUUUUUCCCUGGAGCAUUCCAGUCGGUCGGAGAUGGCAUUCCGGCUCAGCUCCUUUUUAUUUGGGACACCGUCAGAGCUCCAAUUAUAGCUCCUCUGCUUAGAGUUUUAAUGGUGCUCUGUUCUGGAUUAUCGAUAAUGCUGUUCGUUGAGAGGAUUUAUAUGGGUGUCGUGAUUAUUGGAGUGAAAUUGCUCCGUCGCACGCCGGAGAAAAGGUACAAAUGGGAAGCUAUAAAAGAGGACACCGAGAUCGGAAGCUCUGUUUUCCCUAUGGUUCUUGUUCAAAUCCCCAUGUUUAACGAAAAAGAGGUUUAUCAAAUGUCAAUCAGAGCUGUUUGUGGGCUUUCAUGGCCAUCUGAUCGAAUCGCAAUACAAGUACUGGACGAUUCAACAAUCCCAUCAAUCAAGAGUCUAGUGGAGCUAGAAUGCCAAAAAUGGGCAGACAAAGGUAUCAACAUAAAGUACGAAGUAAGAGACAAUCGUAGCGGAUACAAAGCAGGAGCUUUGAAAGAAGGGAUGAAACGAAGCUAUGCAAGGAAAUGUGAAUAUGUUGUGAUAUUUGAUGCAGAUUUUCAACCUGAACCUGAUUUUCUUCAUCGAUCUAUUCCUUUCCUUAUCCAUAACCCUAAACUUGCCCUCAUUCAAGCUCGAUGGAUCUUUGUGAACUCCAACGAGUGUAUGAUGACAAGACUUCAAGAGAUGUCGUUGGACUACCAUUUCACGGUCGAGCAAGAAGUCGGCUCCUCCACGCACGCCUUCUUCGGCUUCAAUGGCACGGCAGGAGUUUGGAGAAUUGCUGCAAUUGAAGAGGCAGGAGGGUGGAAGGAUCGAACGACAGUGGAGGACAUGGAUUUGGCCGUGCGAGCUAGUCUCAAGGGCUGGAAAUUCUUGUACCUCGGCGACCUUCAGGUUAAAAAUGAACUGCCAAGCACAUUCAAGGCCUUCCGUUUUCAGCAGCAUAGAUGGUCAUGUGGCCCUGCAAACCUGUUCAGAAAGGUGGUCAUGGAGAUAGCAAGAAAUAAGAAAGUGACAUUGUGGAAGAAGGUGUAUGUGAUAUAUAGCUUCUUCUUCGUAAGGAAGAUCAUGGCCCACAUUAACAACUUUCUUCUCUUCUGUGUUGUUUUACCGGCCACUGUUCUGGUGCCUGAAGUUACAAUUCCAAAAUGGGGAGCUGUGUAUAUUCCUACAGCGACCACCAUUAUUAAUGCUGCCGGGACUCCACGGUCAUUCCACUUGACGAUUUUCUGGAUCAUGUUCGAAAACGUAAUGUCAUUGCACAGAGCCAAGGCGACCCUCAUCGGGUUAUUAGAGGGUAGUCGAGCAAAUGAAUGGGUUGUGACAGAGAAGUUGGGAGACAUUCUGAAGGCGAAAACAGCCUCAAAACCAACAAGGACACUAGGGUUCAGAAUUGGAGAUAGAAUUCAUGUAACGGAGCUUGGGAUUGGAGCCUAUCUGUUCUUUUGUGGAUGCUACAAUAUGCUGUACGGGGAAAACAACUUCUACAUUUUCAUUCUUGUCCAAUCAAUUUCGUUUUUCAUUGUGGGAAUUGGGUAUGUUGGGACCAUUGUUCCAAGCUUUUAGUAGCUCAACCAUGGUGUAGGUUCUAGUGCUUGGGUUUAGCAAAGUUUCCACGAAGCUUUUUUGUCUAUAAAAGCACAAAAGGCUGAAAUUUUCUAGCUUAGUUGUUUGACGAGAAUGAUCUCUAAAUUGUCCCAUUCUUCCCUGACGCAGGACUUAAUUGCUAAUUCACUAUGAUUAUCUUAUACUAGUUUCUCA